AUGAAGACGACUUUCGUAUUCGCCCUCCUUUCAACAGCGAUUUCCUUCGUUGCGGCAGAUAUCGUCAUCACGCCCAUCUUCGAGGACCAGAUCGUGCAAAAGCAGGCAGGCGAUUGCUUCUUUGGCGUUGUCACACCUCAGGGAUGCGGG